CGUCAUCAUCAAUAACUCAACAUGACCACCGUCGGUAUCGCCGGAAUCACCGGCAAAUUCGCCCGUCUUCUCGUCUCUCAUCUCCUCAAGGACUCUUCCGUCUCCAUCCGCGGUUAUUGUCGUGAUCCUACCAAACUCCCUGAAACCAUCACCUCUUCUUCCCAAGUCACCGUCAUCAAGGGCGAUGCAUUUGACACCGAAUCCAUCCACUCCUUCGUCCAGGGCUGUGAUGUUGUCGUGUGCUGCUAUCUGGGUGAUGAUCGUCUCAUGGUAGACGGUCAGAAGAUGCUCAUCGAUGCGUGCGAGGAAAUCAAUGUCCCUCGGUAUAUCGCCAGUGACUGGGCACUCGACUACACCAAACUUCAGCUCGGUCAGCUCUUCCCCAAAGAUCCAAUGAUUCAUGUGAAAUCGUACCUUGAGGGUAAGAAGGUGCAGGGUGUGCAUAUCCUCAUUGGUGGAUUCAUGGAGCCUGUCGUUAGUCCGUUCUUCAACAUCAUUGAUACGAAGAGUAACACCUUUCGUUACUGGGGAGAGGGAAAUGAGUUGAUGGAGGGAACGACAUACGAUGAUGCUGCCGCAUUUACGGCUGCAGUUGCGAAGGAUGCGACUGCUGUUGGGGUUAUUCGCUUCCUUGGUGGUCGCUCUACAAUCCAUGAAAUAGCUACUUCGUUUGCAAAGGUCUACGGCAUCAAACCUACCAUGGAAAGACUCGGCUCUCUGGAUGACUUGUACAAGCACAUGCACCAACUGAGAGAGCAGAGUCCUGAGAAUAUCUACGCUUACAUGUCUUUGUUCUUCUACUACUACUGGAUCAAUGGACAGACAUUUGUUGGACCUGAAGUGGAAAAUGCGAGAUAUCCUGAGAUUAAGACGGUGGACUGGGAAGGCUUCCUGGCUCGCUGGCCGUUGGAGCAGUUGCCAACUGCUUUCUUUGCCUUGAAUGCAAACUGAUGUUUCUUUAUACUUUACAGAUCUAGCAGAUAGAAAAUCCGAC